AUGUCAAUCUCCCAUAUUGUCCUUUUCCAAUUCAAGCAGGAUGCGGCUCCUGAAUCUGUGCAAAACGCAUGCAAGCAGAUGCUCAGUUUAAAGGACCACUGCCUCCACCCAUCAAGUGGAAAACCGUAUAUUCGAUCAGCGUCAGGUGGAAAGGAUAAUUCUCCAGAGGGAGCGCAGGGUGGUCUCACACAUGCCUUCAUUGUUGAGUUUGCAACCACCGCAGAACGAGACUAUUACGUUGCGAGCGACCCCGUGCACCAAGAAUUUGCCAGAAGCCUGGAUGGGUUGAUUGAGAAGGCUGUGGUGGUUGACUUUACCCCCGGCGUCCUGUAG